UAAUAACAGCCGUCUCCAAAAAUGGCCGCUGAGAGCCUGAGGUGUUUCUGCAGAACUGAGUUUCUUCACGUUUCGAGCUUUUAAAGUGUUUCUGCGGCUCGUUUCUGGGUUCGGGCCGGAGCUGAAGCGAGGCCGGGCCCGCUGUGCUGUGGGCCGGGCUGGCCGGCUGAGCUGGCCGGGCUGUGGGAGGCAGCAGCCGCUUAGCCCCGCUUCCCUGGACUUUCCGCCGGCAUGUCUUUCCCCGCGCCGCGGCCGGAGCCGCCCCGCCUCCCGCAGCACCUCCUCCGGACUCUGGAGUGUCAGCAGGGCGCCGUGAGGGCGGUUCGCUUCAACGCUGAUGGCAACUAUCUGUUGACCUGUGGAGGCGACAAAAGCCUGAAGCUGUGGAGUGUGAGUCGGGGUGCACUGUUGAAGACCUACGCUGGCCACGGCUACGAGGUGCUGGACGUUGAUGGCUCUUAUGAUAACAGCCAGCUGUGUUCGUGCAGUUCGGACAAGACGGUGAUCCUGUGGGACGUUGCAACCGGGCAGGUCACACGCAAACUCCGAGGACAUGCGGGGAGAGUGAACUGUGUGCGCUUUAAUGAAGAAGCCACUGUGAUGCUGUCGGGCUCUAUAGACGGCACAGUGCGCUGCUGGGACACUCGGUCUAGGAGGAUGGAGCCCAUUCAGGUUCUAGAUGAGGCGCGAGAUGGGGUCAGCAGUCUGAAGGUGGUAGAGCACGAGCUGCUGACCGGGUCUGUAGAUGGCCGACUGAGGCGCUAUGACCUGCGAAUGGGUCAGCUGCAUGUCGACUUCAUCAGUAGUCCGAUCACAUGCGUGUGUUUCAGUCAGGAUGGCCAGUGUACCUUAAGCUCCAGUCUGGAUUCAGCCGUGCGUCUGCUGGACAAAAGCACAGGAGAACUGUUGGGAGAGUAUACCGGGCACCAGAACAAAGACUACAAGCUGGACUGUUGUCUGUCCAACAAAGACACUCAUGUGUUGUGCUGCUCGGAGGACGGCCACGUCUACUGCUGGGAUCUCGUGGAGGGCUCGCUCGCGCUGAAGCUGCCCGUUGGGAAGGCAGUCGUCCAGUCUCUGUCCUUUCACCCAACGGAGGCCUGCCUACUGACAGCCAUGGAGGGACGUGUGCAGGUUUGGGGGACAGAGCCAGAGGACGCAGAGGCGGACAGUAUCGCUGCUGAGUAGCGACAGGUGAACGACUUUAUAUGAGCCGGACUCUUUCCAGCAGAAGCGGUUUCAUUUUGUUUUUGUUUUGACAUCUUUUGUACUGAAUAAAUGCGUCUAAGCAGACUUAAA